AUACUGGUCCCUUUUGUGUGAACCAUCUCUGAACUCUUUGGGAAUAGCUCGACUCCUCGGGACCUGUCUGUACUCAGGUUGGAGUGUGUGAUACUCAGGUUGACGUGUGUGAGGUCAGGAACAAUCAGUGGACAGUGUGUGUGUGAGGAACUAUUCAGUCAAGAUGGUUUCCCAGGGAAUCCAGAUCAUGGGCAUCAUCAUGUCGUUGAUCGGCUGGUUGAUGGUCAUCAUCGUGUGUGCCCUGCCUAUGUGGAAGGUCACAGCCUUCAUCGGAGCCAACAUCGUCACGGCCCAAACCAUCUGGGAGGGAAUGUGGAUGAACUGUGUUGUGCAGAGUACUGGCCAGAUGCAGUGUAAGGUCUACGACUCCAUGCUGGCACUACCCCAGGACCUCCAGGCCGCCAGAGCAAUGAUCAUCAUCUCCAUCCUGACAGGUAUCUUCGGCAUCUGCCUGUCGAUUGCAGGAGGGAAAUGCACCAACUGCAUAGCAGAGGAGGGAUCCAAGGCUAGAGCCUGUAUUGUGGCUGGAGUCCUCUACAUCAUCUCAGGCAUCCUCUGCCUCAUCCCAGUGUCCUGGUCAGCCAACACCAUCAUCAGGGAUUUCUACAACCCCAUGCUGAUCGAGGCCCAGAGGAGGGAACUGGGGGCGUCUCUGUAUAUAGGCUGGGGUGCUGCAGCACUGCUGCUGAUGGGAGGGGGGCUACUGUGCUGGAACUGUCCCCCCAAGCAGGACCACCACUAUCCGGCCAAGUUCUCUCAGGUCAGAUCCACCUCCUCCGGACCCAUGCAAUAUGUCUGAGAUGUUCAUGUCAGUGUCAUGUUAAGAUCUACUUAAUCAAAUUGAAUUUAAAUUAGGACACUAAAGACAGUUCUCAUAACAAAAACUGUGAGAGUUUUAAAUCACAAAGAACUUGAAUGGGUUUGUUGAGUUAAAAUAAUGUUACGAGUUAUGUUAUAAUUAUAAUAUAAGUAUUUAAGUUUUUUUUUAAACAGCUGAUGUUCUCUACUACUGAAGUACCCUGUUAAUAUCCUUUAAUGUCAGAUUAAAUCCAUGAGGUUAGGAAUACUGUAUAUCAAGUUAUGUCUCCAUUUUGGCACUGUCUUAACAUUGUUCCUGUGAUUAAAACAAGUGUGUCAUCAUUGUAAAUAAACUGUACAAUAUAAAUAUAA